AUCCUUGCUUGCUAUUUAAUUGUAUUAACAGAAAGGUGGUCUACCAUCAUUUCUUGCAGAGUGAUCUAAAAUAGGUAUGCAUAAACCCUUGUGUGAUCACAAUACCAAUUGAGUUAAUGAGUGGAAAAGUUAAUUUGCAUAGUAUUCUGUGACUACUUCAUUCAAUUUAGUAGUAUAGUGGGAUAGAACAUGUGUCAGGACAGGAGCAUUCUAAAACAGGUAAACAGUAUGGAGUUAAUUAAAAUCAGAUCAUUAAGAAACUCAGGUUUGUUGUAUCACAAUCUGAGAUGAUCAUUCACAACUACUGCAAGUCCCUUUUCACCUGCCUCAGCAAGUCGUCCCUGGACAGUCUACAACUGGUCCAGAUCUGCUCCCCUCCGUAUAUUUCCAAUAACGUCACUUCAACAGAAGAUACACCAGCCGGGGGGGAUGGGGUUCUCAGAAAAGUGCGGAUGGCUUCCCUGGUAAUCUACUGUGUGAUCGUCAUUGUGGGGACUCUGGGCAACGGUCUGGUUAUCUACGUGACAGGCUGCAGGAUGAAGAGAACAGUCAACUCAGUUUGGUUUCUCAACUUGGCCCUGGCUGACUUCCUCUUUACGGCCUUCCUGAUUUUCACGAUCAUUUCCAGCUCUCAGGAUCAUCAAUGGCAAUUUGGAGAAUUCAUGUGCAAGUUCAACAGCUUUGUGAUUAUAGUCAACAUGUUUGCCAGUGUCUUUCUUCUGACAGCCAUAAGUCUGGAUCGUUGCCUGUCAAUCUGGGUGGUGGUGUGGGCACAAAACAAGCGCACCGUUCGCAAAGCCCAGCUCAUAUGCGUUUGCAUCUGGAUGACUGCUAUGGUCUGCAGCACCCCUUAUGCCAUUUUUCGCAGGCUGGUUGGAGAGGAUAAGACUUAUUGUACUUAUUCCAUAACACAUGAACAAAAAUGGAUUCUUGGCAUUUUUCGCUUUGUUGUGGGCUUCCUCAUCCCAUUCCUGGUAAUAAUUGUCUGUUAUGCCGCCAUAGCUGUUCGUGCAGGGCGCCUGCAUAGGACCAGGAAACAGAGAUCUCGCCGAAUAAUUUUUUCUAUUGUUCUUGCAUUCUUCAUCUGCUGGUUGCCCUACCAUAUUAUACAUUUUAUAGAGUUAAAGGCCUCUAAUAACUCAGAUUAUGGGAAUAUUGUCUUGAUUGUAGGUCCACUGGCUUUGAGUCUGGCUUUUAUGAACAGUUGCCUGAACCCCAUUCUUUAUGUUUUCUUGUGUGAUGAAUUCCAGAAGAAGCUCAGGCAGUCCAUAUGCUUUGUCCUGGAGAGUGCCCUGGCAGAGGACCACUUGUCCUUUAUGUCCUCUCGUUCCUUGUCAUCACACUUGUCUCGGUUUUCUCGGAAGUCAGACUCUGCUGCACCUUUGGAGAGGAAAGACACAGCAACUUCCUUAAACUUCACAGAAAGCAAAGUGGUCAUGACUGACGAGAGAGACUGUGAGCACUGAAUAAAGGCCUCCACAGACACUUCCUGAAACUUCACAGAAAGCAAAGUGGUUAUCACUGAUGAGAGACAGAGACAUUGAGCACUGAUUAAGACCUCAGGCGUUGUAACUUCAAUGAGUCCAGAUGUUUUUUUUAAAGCAAACUUGUAAUCAAUAGUGACAAAAGAAAAGCACAAACUGAAAAUGACAUGUUAAAUUGAUUCGGUCAGUACUUCUGUGCACAGAAAAAAAAAUUGUUGAAUAUUUGCUAUGAUUGAUUGAUUGAUUGAUUGAUUGAUAUUUUUAUUCACGUGUCAUGCCACUACAUGGCACAUCCCACACAGAAUAACAUGACACCAAUACAACAGUAAUUCAUUCCACAGCUUCCAGUCCAAUGUCCACACACAACAUUCUCCACUUUACACAAAAAAAAGAACAAAUAAAACAUAGCACAAUGCUAUGAGUGAUUUUUUAAUGUUUUUUAUAUUAAUGCACCUUUUCACGAUCAGAUGUUUUCACUUAUGGCUGGUAAGACAUCCCCACUGACUCCCCUGCUACUGCGUGCACCUGUUACAUCUUCCAUCUUUUUCUUACAAGUACAUGUAGAUUGAUAUUGCAUAGCUCCCUAUACGUUCCAGGUCUAAUCAGCCGGAAUAAUUGAAAACACCUGUGUGGGUGUUGUGGUUCUUUGUGUAACAAUGAAUUAUUUUGUACCAUGUAAACUUCAAGACAUCAGAUAUGGAAUUGCCUAUACCUAAUAUGAUAAAGGAACCAAUUUUAUGUUUGUCUGUAAGCUUUUAAUGCUCAUUUACCCAUGGUUAUUGACAGGCUAUUUGUCCAUAGCAGCAUCCAUGAUAUGUCACACAAGACUGAGCUUUAAUGAUUGAGCGUUUCAAUAAGGUGAAUAAAAACAUAUACGUAUUUAAA